AUGCUGCUGUCCCAUCGCACCGCAGAGCGCAGCGAUGCCAUGCGGGGUGGAGCAUCGAGUCUGCACAUAGCAGCAGACUGCAGGAGAGAGCAAGAGAGAGCACCAGGCAGCAGCAGAGAGCAGCCGCAUCCUCGCCCUCCCCCGUGCCUCGCCGCUGUUCCCUUCGCGCCGUUCCGCGCCGAUUCUUUCCGCGCGCCUCCCCCUCGUCUGCUCCCUCCAACGAUGCGCGCGAUGGGCGACGAGGGCUGCGACGACGCGAGGGCGUCGCUGCUGUCGCACGAGAGCGAGCCGGAGUGCGCGCAAGUGGCGGGCAUGGCGAGUGACCUCGUCGUCACCAUCGGCCAGCGCGCCUUCCACGUGCACCAGUACCCGCUCUUCUCCCUGUCAACGGUGAUAGCGAGCGCAGCAGCAGCAGCGGGCGAGGGCACGGGCCCCAUGCAAGCGGACCUCUCGUUCCUCCCUGGCGGCGCGCUCUCCUUCGUCCCCAUCGCCUGCUACUGCUACGGCCGCCCCUGCCGCCUCUCGCCCCACUCCGUGCUGCUCGUGCGCUCUGCAGGUACUGAUGCCCCUCCGAAGCAGGAGGGGGAGAGUGUGGGAGUUGGCGUGUGGGGAGUGCGGGAGUGGGGAGUGCGGGAGUGGGGAGUGCGGGAGAGUGGGAGUGUGGGAGUUUGCGUGUGGGGAGUGCGGGAGUGGGGAGUGCGGGAGAGUGGUAGUGUGGGAGUUUGCGUGUGGGGAGUGCGGGAGUGGGGAGUGCGGGAGAAUGGGAGUGUGGAAGUGCGGGAGUGGGGAGUGCGGGAGAGUGGGAGUGUGGGAGUGCGGGACAGGAGCAUCGCUGCUGGAGAUGAGCGCGUGUGGGUCCAGCCACGCACUGCCACUGCCGCAGCUGGCAACGCAGCGCCUGCAGCACCUCCUGCAGCACUGCCCGCCCUGCCUGCACGUGCUCUCAUCGCAGAAGCAGGGAAUGGACACACAGCAGCUGAGCAGCACACGGGAGCGCCACUACUGCCAGUGAGUGCAGGACUGGCGGCAGCAGGGGCAGCGGCGGCAGCAGCAGGAGGAGAAGCAGAGGCGGCAGUGGGCCACGGCCUAUGGGGAUGUCUCCUUGCUCACUCAUAUGCUCGACUGGCAAGAAGCUUUCCGGCAAGCCCUGCAGCAUCUCGCUCGUCUCCUCUCCGACCCCGCCACCCUGCCUCUCUCCACCCACCUUCUCUUCCACCUGCUCUCACACGCCUGCCUCUGCACCAUGCCACGCUCCUCCCUGCUCUUCCUCUUCCAAGCUGCCACACACCGCCCCACUCAGGAGGUUGGGAUGGUGCAGCAUCUGUUCCCAAUCCCCCAUGUCCAUGUGAGCGCAUGCUGCCUCUCUCCCAUGCCGUGCCACGCCAUGCCUUGCGCCGCUCCUCCCGUCUCUUCCUCUACCAACCUGUUCCACAGCCGUGA